AUGCUACUGCACAUCUUACAUUUGUGGACUUUGUUUGUCUUUUUUCUACAAGGCAGGUCUGUGCUCUGUAAGGAGAUGAAGUUCCCCAGCAGGGCGCCCAAGCCCCCCUCUCCGUCUGACUUUCUGGACAAACUGAUGGGACGCACGUCUGGCUAUGACGCUCGCAUCAGACCAAAUUUCAAAGGUCCUCCCGUCAACGUCACCUGUAACAUCUUCAUCAACAGCUUCGGAUCCAUCACUGAAACUACUAUGGACUACCGGCUCAAUGUGUUUCUACGGCAGCAGUGGAAUGACCCCCGACUGGCAUAUAAGGAGUACCCAGAUGACUCUCUGGACUUGGACCCCUCGAUGUUGGACUCCAUUUGGAAGCCUGACCUGUUCUUUGCAAAUGAAAAAGGAGCAAACUUCCACGAGGUUACCACAGACAACAAACUGCUUCGGAUCUUCCAGAACGGAAAUGUCCUCUACAGCAUCAGGCUCACGCUCACUCUGUCCUGUCCCAUGGAUCUGAAAAACUUCCCCAUGGACAGCCAGACGUGUACGAUGCAGCUUGAAAGCUUUGGCUACACAAUGAAUGACCUCAUUUUUGAAUGGCUGGAUGUGGGAGCGGUGCAGGUGGCUGAUGAUCUGAUGCUCCCUCAGUUCGUGCUAAAAGAGGAGAAAGGCCUGGGCUACUGCACCAAGCACUACAACACAGGUAAAUUCACCUGCAUCGAGGUCAAGUUCUACCUGGAGCGCCAAAUGGGCUACUACCUGAUCCAGAUGUACAUACCGAGCCUGCUCACGGUCAUCCUGUCCUGGGUGUCGUUCUGGAUCAACAUGGAUGCGGCUCCAGCCAGAGUUGGACUGGGGAUCACCACCGUGCUCACCAUGACGACGCAGAGCUCUGGCUCCAGGGCGUCCCUGCCAAAGGUGUCCUAUGUCAAAGCCAUUGACAUCUGGAUGGCGGUGUGUCUUCUCUUCGUAUUUGCUGCGCUCCUGGAGUAUGCAGCUGUUAAUUUCGUUUCACGUCAGCACAAGGAGUUCUUCAGACUGAGGAAGAAGCUCAAAGAGCAACAGCGGCAGAGAGCUCAGGCGAGCGCUGACAGUAAGGCGAAAGGAAACAACAUGUCAGGAAACAAUGCUCCUCAUGGGAACGCAGCCCAGCAGUGCAGCGCCUGUGCCAGGGAGGAGGAGCUGGCACAGCAGGGCUUUCUCUUCCAGAGUUAUGGACUCACACUGUCAACAGGUAGUGCACCAGAGAUGGAUGCGACACCUGUGUUUGCUGAUUUACCUCCUGGUUUAGGCUUCUACGACAUACGCAGGCGCUUUGUGGAUCGGGCGAAAAGGAUUGACACCAUCUCCAGAGCUGUGUUCCCCAUGAGUUUCCUCAUGUUUAACGUCCUCUACUGGCUCACCUACAAAGUUCUACGGCAUGAAGAUGUUCAAGCCACACUGUGA